AUGAUCAGCGCUAUCGCGGAAUAUCUAGAGGACUUGAAAGAGGCGUUUGUUCCUACAGUAGCCAGAGCGGAAGAGGACGAGGACUCCGAAGAGCCUGAGGCCAAAGACGCCGCCGGAGACGACGACGAGGAUGAGGACGAUGAAGAUGAAGACGACGACGAGGACGAAGACGAAGAAGAAGAAGAGGAACAGGUUGACCAAUUCACCGCUCUCAGAGAAGAGUGCAAAAACACGGAGGAGGGAAAGCCCCUGGUGCAUCACUACAUGGAAUGUGUCGAAAGAGUGCAAAAGGCGCAGGAGGAGCCCGGUUACGCCGAUGCGGAAUACAAGGAGGACUGCGUAGAGGAGUUCUUCCACUUGCAACAUUACGUCGACAACUGUGCCGCUCCAAAACUGUUCGGCAAGCUCAAGUAA